AUGGCGAGGGCGGUUGAUUACUCGUUGUAUCUGGUUACGGACUCUACGCCAGCAAUUCUUGGUGAUCGAGAUCUAGUCCAAGUGGUCGAAGCUGCGUUAGAGGGCGGAGUGACUAUUGUGCAAUAUCGAGACAAGCUUAGCGACACCGCCGUACUGGUCUCUACAGCCAAACGGCUUCACGCUGUCACUAAAAAACAUAACGUCCCUCUUCUAAUCAAUGACCGAAUAGAUGUAGCUUUAGCAGUAGGCUGUGAGGGUGUGCAUAUCGGUCAAGAUGACCUAGACUUGCCGAGUGCUCGGAGACUGCUUGGAAAAGAUGCUAUAAUUGGUGUCACAGUAUCCAGUAUCGAUGAAGCACAAACCGCUUGCAAAGACGGGGCGGAUUACCUAGGCAUAGGAACUUUGUUUGCAACAGCAACCAAAACGAACACGAAAGAUGUGAUUGGCACUGCAGGCACGAGGCAAAUCCUAGAGGCCAUUUCAACUGCAGGAAAGAAUGUCCGUACAGUGUGCAUCGGUGGCAUAAACGCCUCUACUGUUCAGCGAGUCAUAUUUCAGUCUUUUCAUCCUUCCAAAUCGCUCGAUGGCGUUGCCAUUGUGAGUGCAAUAAUCGCCGCACAAGAUCCGGCGCAAGCAUCAAAAGACCUGUUGAAGCUUGUCAAGACACCGCCGCCAUUCUUCACGGAGGCUGGAUCAGCAGACUCCCGGUCUUCCGACAUUAAAGAUGCAGAAAAGUUAUCAAAGCUCGUCAAAGCAGCCGCGGAAGUGGUUCAGAGAGUUGGAGAAAAAACGCCGCUAUCUCACAACAUGACGAAUCUUGUAGUCCAAAAUUUUGCGGCGAAUGUUGCACUGGCUGUCGGGGGCUCACCCAUCAUGGCAAAUUACGGGGAAGAAGCAGCAGAUCUCGCAAAAUUAGGAGGAUCCUUGGUGAUUAACAUGGGAACGGUCACCCCCGAUGGCUUAACAAACUACACCAAAGCUUUGAAAGCAUAUAACUUAGCGGGAGGUUCUGUUGUCUUCGAUCCUGUUGGUGGUGGCGCUACAUCUGUCAGAAGAAAUGCUAUCAAAACUCUGAUGGCUGCAGGAUAUUUCGAUGUCAUCAAAGGCAAUGAAGGAGAGAUUAGCACUGUGUCCGGAACAAUGGUUCAGCAGCGAGGGGUGGAUAGCGGUCCUAGUACCUCGACAUUUACUGAAAAAGCAACACUGGUCCGUGAUUUGGCUUUAAGAGAAAGGAAUGUGGUUGUUAUGACUGGAGCUACUGAUAUCAUCAGUGACGGAAGUCGUACUCUCGCUGUUAAGAACGGUCAUGAACUUCUAGGCAGAAUCACAGGGAGUGGUUGUGUUCUCGGUACCACGAUUUCCAUAAUGCUCGCCGUUUCAAAGGAAGACAAACUAGUGGCCACAUUAGCUGCGCUUCUACACUACGAAAUCGCUGCGGAGAUUGCUGCUGCAAGAUCCGACGUACGUGGACCUGGAACAUUCGUCCCGGCUUUAAUUGACGAGCUAUACAACAUUCACAAAGCGGCGGAGGCAAAUGAUUCGUCAUGGUUAGAAAGGGCAAAAGUUGAGGCUGUGAUACUGUGA